AUGUUUUUCUGCUGGAUGCUGCUGAUUGUCACCACCAUCGGAUACUGCAACAUGGCCAUGGCCUUUAUGGGAGAGACGCCCGCCUUCCUCUGCGCUGACGGCCAGCCGAAGAACGCCACCUUCGCGUCUCUCUCGGAGACGGCCGCCGAGCGGUGCCGCGCGCCGGACGGCCAGCCGUGCCGCCGCUGGCUGUACGACUCCAACUUCACCGGCUCCUCGGUGGUCACCCAGUGGGACCUGGUGUGUGAGCGGCGUCCGCUGCUCUCCAUGGGCCAGUCCGUUCUCCAAUUUGGAGGAGUGGUUGGCGCGAUGCUGGCGGGGUUUUUCAGCGACAGGUUUGGCAGGAAAAUUGUUCAACACAUCAUGAUCUCAAUGUUCGUAUCAGGAUCGUUCCUCUCGGCUGUUGGUAGCCGAUACGAACUGUUCCUGCUGUCGCGAUUCAUCACGGGUAUCGGCAUGACGGGCAGCAUCAGCUGCUGUGUCGUGCUGGUCAUGGAGCUGAUCGCCCUCGAGUGGCGGGUGUGGGCCGGCCAGCUGCUGACGCUGCCGCUGCCGCUGGGCGAGAUGCUGCUCGCGGCAGCAGCGUACAAGUUACGCGUCUGGUGGCACCUGCAGCUCGCCCUGUCGGCUCCUAUGCUCAUCUUCGUCCUCAGCUUCUGGCUGGUGCCCGAGUCGCCACGCUGGCUGUUCGUGCAGGGCCGUGACACGGAGCUGCUGCGAGUCCUGGCAGCCAUCGCGCGUGUCAACGGCCGCCAGCUUCCCGAAGAGAGUCAGAUGAUGAAAAUGCUGGAGGAUGUUCGUCACUGUGAAAUGGGCGUUCAGAAGACCGCCUCUGAAACGUCGCAGCUCUGGCGCUCUCCCCUCCUUCGCAGGUGGAUACUGGCCACCUGUUUCUGCUGGGCGGGCUUUAACGCGGCCUACUACGGCUUGUCGUUCGGUAUGACCCAGCUGAGCGAGAGUCGGUUCGUGGCCGGCGUGCUGUCAGGCCUGGUGGCGGUUCCCGGCUCCUUCCUGUCGCCGCUGAUUGACCGGCUCGGUCGGCGCCCGGUCACCUCCGUCUUGUUCCUCCUCACUGGCGUGUUCAUGAUGCUCGUCCUUAUCAACGACGACGCUACUCUGAUGCUGGUGCUGGGCCUUGCCGGUAAGCUGUUCAUCUCUGGGGUCCAGAGUGUGUUGUGUUUCUACACACCCGAGUAUAUCCCCACCUCUGUCCGUGCCGUCGGCUAUGGACUCGCGGACCUCAGCGCGCGGUUCGGGGCGAUGGUGGCCCCGUUUGUGGUUGACCUGAUCGGGGAUCUGCACGACAAGGCGCCGUCGCUGACGUUCGGCGCAUGGAGCCUGCUGGCCGGCCUGGCGUCGCUGCUACUUCCCGAGACCACGGGCCGGCCGCUGCCGGAGACGGUGGCCCAGCUGGAGGCGGGCAUCUUGGACAGACCCCGGAGCGACAGCGAUACGACCGAGCCCGACGCCAAGGACGCCGACCGUGCCACCGGAACAGCGCCGGAUGUUCUGGGUGAUGCGACUUCAACUAAGGAGGAAGGGACAGCUGCUAGCAUAGAAAUAACCAGAUUGUGA